ACCACACUCUACUUUUUUCCACCUAUAAAUAUUGACUACUAUUCCAUUUAAGAAUAUACAUCAAAUACGUUUCUCCUUUAACCAAUAAUAUUGGCUUUGAAAAUAUUUAGAAUGGCAAAAUUUAGUACUUUUUAUGAAGGGUGGCUUAGCAGUCAGGAGGACUUCCUCCGACGGCUCGAGUCGCUACUGAUCCCGGUGAACGGUUUCGACCGGGACCGGGAGUGCCGCGAGAUAAUCCCUCGGGUGAUCGAGCAUUACCGGGAGUUCUACCGGGAGAAGGCGGCGGCGGUGGAGGAGGACGUGUUCGUGUCGAUAUCGCCGCCGUGGAUGAGCUCGUUCGAGCGGUCGCUGCUGUGGAUAACCGGGUUCCGGCCGUCGAUCCUGUUCCCGAUAAUGGAGGGGGCGCUGGCGGAGGAGGAGCUGGCGGCGGGGCAGCGGCGCCGGAUCGAGGAGGUGAAGGCGGAGUCGCGGCGGAGGGAGAGGGAGAUCACGCAGGCGAUGGCGAGGGUUCAGGAGACGAUGGCGGAGCAGCCGGUGUAUGGGUUGAUCAAGAAAUUCGGCGGCGGAGAGGGGGCGGCGGCGGAGAAGAUGAGGGCGGCGGUGGAGGAGGUGAAGGCGGCGAUGAGGGAGGUGGUGCGGGAGGCGGAUGAGCUGCAGGGGUGGACGGUGGCGGAGGUGGUGGAGGUGCUGGGGCCGGUGCAGGGGGUGAGGUUUUUGGCGGCGGUGGGGAGGUUUCAGCUCCGGGCGAGGCGGUGGGGAGUGGAGAGAGACGGUUAAAUCUGGUUUGACUUUUUCCGUUGAAAUCUGGUUUAUGUUGGAAUCUGGUUUGACUUUUUCCGUUGAAAUCUGGUUUAUGUUGGAAUCUGGUUUGACUUUUUCCGUUGAAAUCUGGUUUAUGUUGGAAUCUAAUCUAUUAACUAAUUUUAUUUUCAGUUUUACUUUUAAGUAA